AUGGAACAUUUCACAUCUUUUUUGAACUUAUUUUCUUUUUCAAUCUUAUUGCUCGACAUCGAUCUGUCAAGGCCCCGUCGAAGUCGCUCCAGGAGUAUCAAUGGUUCUGGUGUGGCAUCGAAUCCUGGAAAUAACUUAUACAUAACCGGAUUAUCAACUAGGAUCACAAGCAGUGAUCUUGAGAAGUAUUUUAACAGUGAAGGGAAGGUUUUGGAGUGUCAUCUGGUAACAGAUCCUCACACCAGAGAAUCUCGUGGAUUUGCUUUUGUUACCGUGGAAACCACUGAGCAUGCUGACCGUUGCAUCAAGUAUUUGAAUUGUUCAGUGCUUGAAGGACGACUGAUCACCAUGGAAAAGGUACUGCUCCCAUCAAUGGAUUUUGAAGAGAAAUAUGGGGGGGGGGGGGGGGGGAAGUUUUUUCUUCAGAAAAAUGUUCCUUGAUGAGUUUUGCCAGCAGGUCUGGUAUGUGCAACUCCAUCGAAUUCACAAUCUAAGGUCUUAGCGGUUGAAUCUAUAUUCCUUCACGAACCACGACAUGAGUUAUGCAUCGACAUUUCAAUCUCAUCGAUUCAAAUUCAACAAUUUUGCAGAGGGUUACAUGCCCUAUACCCUUCUGCCCAUGGUUCUUGAAACUUGAUUUGGAUUUCUCAUGGAAGCAAAUUGUUAUGACAAUCACCCAUCCCUGCUGUUUCUUUCCUGGUUGUUUGUAUCUCCAUGUACUCAUAUUGUAACUUGUUUUUUCGCAAGUGAUGCAUUUACAGCGAGGAACAUGCUGAAAUAUUGUAAAAAAACUGCUGUAGGAUAUGAACCAUUUAUGUGAAAUCUCAAUUGAAUUCUGAUAAAAA